CCUAAGGAUUGUUACUUCUUUCUCGCUGGGGCUGUGCUCUCUUUUUUCACGGCCAAGCCGGAGGAGCUCUGGCAUUCUUUGACUUGAUCGACUUUUUUCAAUGCAGCGCCGCUAGAUCAUCGAGAGGUCGCGAGGGAAAGCUAAAAACAUAAGGGAAGAUCCAGGUUUCUUGUCUCCAUUCUGUUCUUGAUGAUCACUUAAGAGUGCCCAUUCCACGAUCUAGAUAGAUAGAGCAGUAGAGGUCCUUCCCUGUGAUGGAUUCAUCGGUAUUCCAAGCGAUUGUGGCGGCCUUCUUUCUAUUCCUCUCGCUCAUCCACUUCCUCUUCUUUAGACCGAUCAGGCCGGGAGCCAAGAGCAAUGUAGAUCCAGGCGUGAAAGGGAGGGAUCGUCGCCAGCGAUUGCAUCUCCCCCCGGGGCCCAAACCAUGGCCAGUCAUCGGCAAUCUCCUCCAGAUCGGCCCCUUCCCCCACAAGAGCAUGAUGGAAUUCACCCGCCGCCACGGCCCUCUCGUCUAUCUCAAGCUGGGCGUGGUCCCCACGAUCGUGACCGACAGCCCCGCGAUCAUCCGCGACAUCCUCAUCAAGCAAGAUCACAUCUUCGCGUCGCGGCCGGAGAAUAUCGCGUGCCAGUACUUCACGUACAAUGGCCGCGACAUCGCCUUCGCCCCCUACGGCCAGCACUGGCGGGCGAUGCGUAAGAUUUGCACGCUGGAGCUCCUCUCGCCGCGGAAGAUCGCCUCCUUCCGCGACGGCCGCUGCCAGGAGCUCGAUCUCAUGGUGGAGAGCGUCUUCCAGGAUCUCGGGAGGGAGGAGGGAUCAUCGCCCACGACGCACAAGAUCAAUCUCCGCGACAAAUUCGCGAGCUUGUCCUGCAACAUCCUCACGCGGAUGCUCCUGGGCAAGCGGCACUUCGGCCCGGGCGCCGCCGGGCCCGAGGACGCCGCCGAGCACAAGCAGAUGAUCUACGAGGGCUUCGCGCUGGUGAACGCGUUCAAUGUGGCCGACUACCUCCCCUUCCUGCGCGCGUUUGAUCUGCAGGGCCACGAGAGGAAGAUGCGGCGGAUCAUGCAGCGCGCGGACGAGGUCUACGACGAGAUCAUCGAGGAGCAUCGCCAGAAGCUCGCCAAGAACAGCGGGGGAUCUUGCCAGGAACAGCAGGGGGCCAGCUUCGUGGAUGUUUUGCUGUCGGUGCCUGGCGCCAAUGGCGAGAAGCAGCUGUCCACGACGACCAUCAAGGCGAUCAUGAUUGACAUGCUCUCGGCGGGAACAGACACCUCGUCCGUGAUUAGCGAGUGGGCGAUGGCCGAGCUGGCACGGCACCCGCGAGAGAUGGCCAAGGUCCGCGAAGAACUCGACGCGGCGGUGGGCGUUGACCGGCCCGUUGACGAGUCAGACGUGGUCAACCUCAACUAUCUCAAGGCGGUGGUGAAGGAGAUCUUCCGGCUCCACCCGGUGGGCGCGUUCCUUAUCCCGCAUUUCUCCACGGAGGACACGCGGAUCGGUGGCUACGACAUCCCCAAGAACACGCGCAUCCUCGUCAACACGUACUCGCUUGGGAGGAGCCGAUCGGUGUGGGGCGACGACGUGCAUCUCUUCCGCCCCGAUCGCUUCCUCGCCUCGCCGGGCGAUCUCUCGUCCCAGAUCGUGGAGCUCAUGGACUCGGAGUGCCGGGUGGUGCCGUUUGGGGCCGGGCGGAGGAGCUGCCCCGGCGCGUCGCUGGGGUCGUGCAUGGUGGUGAUGGGGCUGGCGAGGUUGAUCCAGAGGUUCGAUUGGAGCGCGCCGCCAGGGGAGGAGAUUGAUGUGAGCGAGCGAGUGGGAUUCACGGUGCUGGACAAGCCGCUGGAGCUCGUCGCCAAGCCGAGGGAGUGCGUAAAUUUCUAGCUCAACUCAAGGUGGAUCGAUCUUUGAUUUCUUGCCGCAAGGGCGAUCGUGGAUUCUUUCAUUUCGUCAUGUAGGAUCAAUUCUCUCAUUGUUUGCAGAGGCUUUGCUUUUAUCUAGUCCAAGGCCGUGAAUGAAAGAAGACCCCAGCCAA